GUGGGUGGAUUUUUCCUGGCAGGAAGGAGCAUGGUGUGGUGGCCGAUCGGAGCUUCGCUCUUCGCCAGCAACAUUGGCAGCGGCCACUUUGUAGGGGUAGCAGGAACUGGCGCGGCUUCAGGAAUAGCCAUUGGAGGAUUUGAAUGGAAUGCUUUGGUUUGUGUCGUCAUUCUGGGAUGGCUGUUUGUGCCCAUCUACAUCAAAGCUGGGGUGGUCACCAUGCCCGAGUACCUGAAAAAGAGGUUCGGCGGACAGCGAAUCCGCAUCUAUCUCUCUGUGCUGUCCCUGGUCCUCUACGUUCUCACCAAGAUAUCAGCCGACAUGUUCUCUGGUGCCAUUUUCAUCAACCAAGCUCUCGGGCUGAACAUCUACCUUGCCGUCAUUUCCCUCCUUCUGAUCACCGCGCUGUACACCGUCACAGGUGGACUGGCCGCAGUGAUCUACACCGACACCUUACAAACCAUCAUCAUGAUUAUAGGAUCAUUCAUUCUUAUGGGAUUUGCUUUCUCUGAGGUUGGGGGCUACGAAAGCUUCCAGGAGAAAUACAUGAUGGCCAUCCCUGACGCUAACCAAACGCUGAACUUCAGCAGUGAGUGCUACGAGCCUCGGGCCGACUCCUUCCAUCUUUUCAGAGAUCCGGUAUCGGGGGACCUGCCGUGGCCCGGCCUGGUGUUCGGUCUGACCAUUCAGGCCAUCUGGUACUGGUGCACGGAUCAGGUGAUCGUCCAGCGCUGCCUGUCUGCCAAGAACCUGUCACAUGUUAAAGCAGGUUGUAUCCUGUGUGGCUACCUGAAACUGCUGCCCAUGUUCCUCAUGGUUUUCCCCGGCAUGAUCAGCAGGAUCCUCUAUACCAAUGAGGUGGCUUGUGUGGAUCCAGACUUGUGUAUGGAAUACUGCGGGGCCUCUGUGGGCUGCAGCAACAUUGCUUAUCCCAAAAUAGUGGUGUCUCUUAUGCCCGACGGUCUGCGAGGUCUGAUGCUGUCUGUGAUGCUGGCCUCUCUGAUGAGCUCCCUCACCUCCAUCUUCAACAGUGCCAGCACUCUCUUCACCAUGGACAUUUACACCAAGAUCCGGCGUAAAGCCAGUGAGAAGGAGCUCAUGAUUGCUGGCAGAGUUUUCAUUGUGGUCCUGAUCGGUUUGAGCAUUGCGUGGAUCCCUGUGGUGCAGUCCGCUCAGAGCGGUCAACUUUUCGACUACAUCCAGUCCAUCACCAGCUACCUGGCCCCGCCUGUCGCAUCCAUCUUCGUUCUUGCCAUCUUUUGCAAACGUGUCAAUGAAACUGGCGCAUUUUAUGGCCUGAUGGUCAGCCUGGGUAUCGGCCUGGCCAGGAUGAUAACCGAGUUCGUCUAUGGGACAGGCAGCUGCGUCACACCCUCCAACUGUCCAACCAUCAUCUGUGGCGUGCAUUACCUCUACUUCUCCAUCAUCCUCUUCACCAUUUGCAGCAUUGUCACAGUGGCGAUCUCCUUUAUGACCAAACCCAUCGACGACAUACACUUGUAUCGACUGUGCUGGAGCCUGAGAAACUCUACAGAGGAGAGAGUGGACCUUGAACAGGACGAAUGGGAAGAUAACAGACAAGACACCGACAGCAUGAAAAUAGAAGACCCUGAGGAGUACAAGAAACCUGGGCUCCUGAAGAGGGCAGUCAUGUGUUUCUGUGGACUUGAGUCGAACAAAAACGCUCCCAAGUUGUCUCCAGAGGAGGAGGCGGAGUUGAAGAAGCAGCUCACCGACACUACAGAGGUGCCAAUCUGGAGGAAGGUUGUCAACGUGAAUGCCAUUCUCCUCCUGUGUGUGUGUUUCUUCUGUCACGGUUAUUUUGCUUAAGAAACAACCCAGGAGACUCAAAAACUGUCAUUUAACUCAUGUUGCAAUGACACCAUUUUGUGAAUAUAAAUUAUAUUAAGUUAAAGUAAAGCAACUUUGCUACUUCCUCAACAGCAUCAUUCACUUAACUUAACUUUUUAUUCUGUAUCAUUACUCCUGUAUGUAUUCAAGUACUGUGGGCACCCACUGAACUCAGCCAGGAUGAGAAAUACAUUAUUUUUCUAGCACAUGUGCCUUUCGAUCUCCCUGGUGUUCUGACAGCUAAGGUACCACCUCCAUAUACAGAAUGUGCAUGGUCAAGGGUGAAUCGUGUGCUUUUGAUGAGCCAAAGUAAAAGUGAACAUGGAAAAUUGAAAUAUUCAUGUUUUCCACUAUAAAAAAGUGUAAAUGUAGCAGAAGUGUAUGAAGGUGUACUUAUUAAAUAAAUUAUUUGUGGUGGGUUACGGUUCGACCUUGAAUGAUGAAAAAAGUAGGUGGAAGUAAAACUGAUAUUCAUUCUCCUUUAACACGUUUAACAACUAAAUAGAAGGAAUCACAGUGAUAACAGGGACAAUGGUUUCAUACUGUAAAGACUGUAAAGGACUAUAAUUAACACAUGCCAGUGAUGUUUUCUGUUGUCUCCGGUGCUUCAUAGCUAUUGAGGCUAUUGAAAAUAUCUUUGAAUCCUUCAAUCCAACCACAAUUUACUACAAAACAGGUAAAAAGUUUACAGCUAACCUGUGAGUUUGGAUUCUCAAUGCAUUAGAGUCUGAUGCUAACCUUUAUUAGAUUCAUUAAAUGUGUUUUAUUCAGGCUGCUGUAAAUUGCUAUGAGUUAAGGGAAGAUUUUACCCUCCUUGUAAAGAAAAUAUUCUGCAAGAAAUGGGGAUGCGAAGACCAGCAACAAGCAGUUAUUCAGAAAACUUUUAAAGAAUUAAAGUGAAAUGUACUUAUUCUUAUUAAUGAAUGCCAUUCUAGUUAAAUGCACCUUGUAUUUACAGUAAUUAUGUUCUUGUGGUCUUUCCUGUUUAAAUUAUUGUUGUGAAAGUAAUUUAUGCGGUGUAAUUCAAAUGUUGUUUCAUGCUGGGAUGUUGCACUAGAAGUUAGAUAAGCGGUACACAAAACUGCAAUUUGCAGUUGAUGAAUAUCUUGUGAUUUCACUUUGUGCUACCUCAUUCUACUAAAGCUGUAGUUUCUCAUGAUAUGUGCUCAA